AUGCCGCUCGACGAGCGCGACGCGCUCUUCCAACACUUCCUCGGUCUGGCUAUCGACAGGUUGGACCCAUCUCUGAGGAUCCGCGGACACAAGCCCGAACACAUCAUCUUCCGGGUCCAUGACCAGAGUUCAGCCUCACCGCUUCGGUACAACGGCUUCACCGCCACCUCACGGAGGUUCAAACCAAUAGCGAGAAUGUCCAACGCGAUAUGGCGCGAGCGCUAUGAAAGCCUCCACCAGGACGAGAACUACCGCAAUGACGAGCACGUGCUCAAGUCAAUUGCUGCCCAUGUCAUGGGUGGCUGGCCGGGUUACAUUCGUGAUCAAACGGGUCCCUCGGACUGGAUCUCGACGACCAAGUCGCUUGACUGGGCGGUGUGGGAGAUCACCCGCCGUCUGGUCAAGAUGGGGCGAAACAGCGUGGAGCUGAGUCUCAUAUAUCGCCGAGGCUAUCGCCCGGGAGACCAAGGUGUACAGCAUGUCGAGCUGGACGCGACGCAAGCUGUCGAGGCACUUGGUGAGCAAGUCUGGCUCAACGAUGAUCAGAAGUGCGCGCGAGAUUUUGCCAAGGCAAGCUCGGAGGUGAUUUGUCUGGGCAGAAUCUUUGGGACCGAUAUCGCGGAGAACACGGUAUGGACUCGCGCUUCACCUCCUCCCGGUUUUGGGCCGCACGAUGCUUGUAUGGAGGCUCUCUUCCUGCCCGGAGUGUCCGGGAUACAGGGGUCGUGCUGGAUUGACAAGCUGGUCUUCAGUCCAAACAUGUCGUUCGCGCGAGCUAUGAUCCAUAUAGAGAGGCGGAGAGAGGAGAUACACAUCGAUAGGCGGAGAGAGGAGAUCGAAAUGCAGAGGCGUAGACAAGAAAUCGAAAUGCAGAGACGAAGAGAGGAGAUCCGUAGGGCGCGACACAUAUACCAUGAAGAAGAGUCUGACUCGAGCGAUGAGUAG